GGAAGUAGCAAGUCUCUUAUCCCCCCUAUCCGCCGCCCGCCGCCCGCCGGCCAUCUCCCUCUCCGCUCUCCGGCGAGAUGCUGACCUGCGGCCGGUACCUCUCCUCGGCCGCUGCCACCACUCUUUCCCUUUCCCCGCAUCGGAACCUAACCUCCUCUUUCCUCCGCCGUCACCCUCUCCGCUUCCUCUCCUCCGCCUCGGCCGCCGCCGCCGCCACCGCAGUCGAGCCCGAUACCAGAGGCGGCGGUGGCGGCGGUGGCGCGGGUGGUGGUGCCACGACGCCCAAGUGGAAGGCGGCGAUUGACUUCAAGUGGAUCCGGGACAACAGGGAUGCCGUCGCCACCAACAUUCUGAACCGGAACUCCGUCGCCAACCUAGAUGUCGUCCUCCAGCUCUACGACCAGUACCUCACGCUGCAGAAGGAGGUCGAAGUGCUCCGAGCUGAAAGAAAUGCUGUUGCUAACAAAAUGAAAGGGAAACUUGACCCAUCUGUGCGACAAGCCCUUGUUGAUGAAGGCAAGAACCUGAAAGAAAGCCUUAUUGUGCUGGAAGAGAAUCUUUUUCAGCUAACUGAUAAGCUUCAGUUAGAAGCACAAAGUAUUCCUAAUACCACACAUCCAGAUGUUCCCGUAGGGGGUGAAGAAAACUCUGUCGUCAGAAAGGAGGUAGGCAGUCAGAGAAAUUUCAAUUUCACCAUCAAAGAUCACGUUCAGCUGGGAAAGGACCUUGAUUUAUUUGAUUUUGAUGCAGCUUCUGAGGUCAGUGGUUCAAAGUUCUACUACUUGAAGAAUGAAGCUGUUCUGUUGGAAAUGGCCCUUGUAAGUUGGGCUAUUGCCGAGGUCUCAAAAAAAGGUUUUACACCACUCAUAACUCCAGAGAUUGUAAGAUCAUCUGUUGUUGAGAGAUGCGGUUUCCAGCCAAGGGCCCAAAAUACCCAGGUCUAUUCAAUAGAUGGCAGUGAUCAGUGCCUCAUAGGCACUGCAGAAAUUCCCGUCGGAGGCAUCCAUAUGAACUCUAUACUUCCUGACUCUGAUUUACCUAUAAAAUAUUUGGCCUAUUCACACUGUUUUCGCACAGAAGCUGGUGCUGCAGGUGCUGCCACCAGGGGCAUGUACCGAGUACAUCAAUUUAGCAAGGUUGAGAUGUUUGUAUUAUGUCGGCCAGAGGAAAGUGACAAGUACCAUGAAGAACUUAUUACCAUUGAAGAGGAUCUUUAUGCAUCACUUGGACUUCAUUUCAAAACUUUGGAUAUGGCCACAGGGGAUUUGGGCGCACCGGCCUACAGAAAGUAUGACAUCGAGGCAUGGAUGCCAGGUCUAGAUAAGUAUGGUGAGAUCUCAAGUGCUUCAAACUGCACGGAUUACCAGAGCAGGCGGCUGGGCAUCCGUUUCCGUCCAGCACCCUUGGAGCUUCCACCGGCGAUGAACGCUAAGAAAGGAAAGGGUGGCAGUUCAGGCCCAACACAGUUUGUGCACACACUCAAUGCGACGGCAGUGGCUGUUCCUCGACUGAUCAUAUCUAUUCUGGAGAAUUUUCAGCAAGAGGAUGGCACUGUGGUAAUUCCGGAACCACUGAGGCCCUUCAUGGGUGGGCUUGGCGUCCUCUCCCCCAAAACAAAGUGAAAGUGGUGGGCUUGGGGUCCUCUCCCCCAAAACAAAGUGAAAGUGGCAGCUGCCUUGAGGAAAGCUAUUGGUAAAAUUGGUACAGAAUUCAGAUUUUUUUUUGAUUGUUACGUAAAAUUUUAGGCAUGUGUUAGUGCUGUGGUCAUGAAAACAUAAUUAUCCAUCCAUGGCUGUGGGAUCCUCUACAUUUCCAACCCCCCUGGGACCAUCCGGACGCCCUAUAGCUAUAGCAAAUCGUGAAUUUUGUUCAAGUCAUACUCUUACAGACUCGGGUAUAGUUGGCUGAUGUAGUAUUCUUUUUUAUGGCAUGC